GAGACCAGACUUCAGAGGGGGAGAGAGAAAGGGUAGAGAGAGAGAGGAGUCUUACUAUCUUAUUCCGUUCUCCUUCCCCUCUGCUCAAAAAUUUUCCCGCAGAGCUCAAAGAGAAAGAGAGCGAUAGGAAUACAGAGCCGAAGAAGGGCAGGGGAUAGAGAGGGAAAAAUAUCGCUCUUUCUUGUUCCUCCUCCUCCAAUCCUCCCUCCGCCUUCCGUACAUUCUUCCCUCGCCAGAUCUCCUCAGCGUGAUUUCUCUGAGGCGGGGAUUCCCGCCUUCAUUCUCUUGGUUCCGGUCGACCUCUUCAGCCAUCUUCGGCGAUCCCUUGGUCGAUCUCCGCUGGACCCAGAAGUGCUCAAAUCGGGUCAAAUCCGUUGUGUAGAUGGAGAGCCAUGGUUGUUCACCGCGGGACUGAGGCUUUUGGACAUUUUCACCAGUUUACACUUUAUUAUCUUUCUGUGGGCUCUCUGAUGGAACAAGGGACUAAAUCUUCUUCGUUGGGGCCGUCGAAUUUUCCUCCCAGGAAGCUCGUUAGGCAGCUGGAUUUCACACCGGGUAAUUGCGUUGCCCCGACACUGUCGUCACCGGUGGUUCCGGUUCCCUUCGAGCAGUCACCUUUGCCGUCAACAUUGCAGCAACAACAAAAUCAAAAACAGAUGCUUGCGCCGGCGCUGUCCAUCUCACGGCCUUCGAUUCCUAUGUCCAUAAAACCCGAGUCCCCACAAACAAGGUCAAAGCCCUUAUUUGAGAUGAAAGAAGGUACGCCAACAAGAAAGAAGAACUGCAACUGCAAACACUCACGUUGUUUAAAGCUGUAUUGUGAGUGUUUUGCAUCUGGUGUUUAUUGUGAUGGGUGCAACUGCGCAAAUUGCUUUAACAAUGUUGAAAAUGAAGCUGCUAGGCAUGAGGCAGUUGAAGCUACUCUAGAACGCAAUCCCAAUGCCUUCAGGCCUAAGAUUGGCAAUAGCCCACAAACAAUUCGUGAUGUUAGGGAAGACACAGGUGAAAUUGCUUUAGCAGGUAAGCACAAUAAGGGCUGCCAUUGCAAGAAAUCAGGAUGUCUCAAGAAAUACUGUGAGUGCUUCCAAGCCAACAUUCUCUGCUCUGAUAAUUGCAAGUGUAUGGAUUGCAAGAACUUUGAAGGAAGUGAAGACAGGAAGGCACUUUUCCAUGGGGAUGGGAAUGCCAUGAAUUGCAUGCAGCAGGCAGCAAAUGCUUCUUUGAAUAGAGCUAUAGGUCCUUCUAUCUAUGCCUCACCUACAUCAAAGAAGAGAAAGAGCCAGGAUAUUUUCUUUGGAUUAUCAUCACAGGAGCAGUCGAUUCACAGGCUUGCACAUUGCCCAGAGAGUUUAGGGCCGACUUUUGCUUCCAUCUCUAAGGGUCGUGCCACAAAUCUGACUUCAACUUCAGUGGGAUCUUUAAAAAUUACAUAUAGGCCACUACUGGCUGAUAUUGUCCAUGCUGAGGAUGUGAAGGAACUCUGCAGGAUUUUGGUGAUUGUAUCAGGAGAGGUUGCCAAAACAACUGAUAAAAGAGUUGAUGAGGAGAUGAUGUCUGAGAUGGAGGAACAAACAGAAAGUUCACUCGCUUCAUCAAGUCAUGAUAAGGAUGAGACUCAGAAGGAUGUAGAUCUCCAGAAAAUGUCAGCUGAUGACCGACUCAGUGGAACACAUGCAGACAAAAUGAGCACAGAAGAGUCUGGUUCUGACUUGGUUGAUGUUCAGAAAGUUGGAAGACCCAUUUCUCCUGGAACUCUUGCACUAAUGUGUGAUGAACAAGACAUGUUGUUUAUGUCAUCUUCUCAGGACCCUAAUCCACCUUCUUCAAGGCUUCCUUACAACCAGAGUUUAACGGAGGUGUAUGCAGAGCAAGAGAAAUGUGUGUUGAUGGCAUAUCGAGAGUCUCUUCUUAAACUCAUCAAUUGCGGAGCAGCAAAAGAAGCAAAAUUAUCUUCAAUGUCUUUAAAAGCAGAAAAAUGCAGUGAUGAGGAACCAGCCAAUAAUAGCAUGGGGGGUAGAGUAGCGUCAUCUGCUGCCUUCCCAGCUUUUUCAAAUAGCAAUGUAGUACCUUCCAGACUUGAAAAUGGCCUCCUCCUAAAACCUAAGAUUGAGAAUUUUGAGAUGUAAAAUAUUUUAAAUAAAUAAAAUACAGAAAAUUUUAAUUCAUAUUGUUACACAUUUUUUAUAGAAUUUGUUCCCAAUGCUGACUGCAAUUAUUGUAAUCUGUCAAUAGGUUAGUCAGCAUUGUUUGCAGCCAUAAGUUUUAUAGAUAAGUUAUUCAUUAUGUGAUUUAGAUGCCAUAAGUUUCAAGCAGAAUGUUUUUCCAUUUCUGCCACUGUACUUUGCUCAGGAUAGGAUUCAAUACAAUAACAAGGAAUUUAACUUGCGUUAUAUAAA